CUACUUCAUAAUAAUUUUCUUUUCAGAGAAGCUGCUCACUUUUUUUAGAAAGAAGAAAUUUUCUAAAAUUUAGAAUGUCUGAGAAAAAGACAAAAGGUAGCCAUCAAAGCCAAUCUGAACAGCAAGAAAUAAUCCAAACUUUUCAGCAGCUGCGCAAUGAACAGCGCUCAUUGAUCUCUAAAAUUACUGAACUAGAACAAGAUUUGAAUGAACACAAGGUGGUUUUGGAGACGCUGUCAGAAGUAUCGGGUGAUAGAAGGUGCUUCCGGAUGGUGGGAGGAGUACUUGUAGAGAGAACUGUGGCUGAGGUCAUACCUGCUCUUUCCAACAAUAGAGAUCAGCUGACUAAGUUGUUGGAGAACAUGAAUGAGCUCCUGGUGAAGAAAGGUAAAGAGAUCAACGAGUACCGCGAGAAGCAUGGCAUCAGAGUGCGUGGCCAAGAACCUCCCCCACAGGCGCCAGACACGGAGAAAGCUACAUCAUCAGGCGGCGUUCUUGUUGCCAAUAAAUCAUAAGUUCUUCAUUAUUUAGUUAAUAUCAACGUUAUUUUAAGCAAUCAAUUUCACAAUAACUGUAACGCUUCAAUUAGUUCUAAUUUUGCGAACGUUUAGUUGAUUUUCUAACUUAUUUGCUACCAAUAUAAUUAAUCAAGAUCUCGGAAGUAAGAAACUCGUAUCGGCAUGAGAUCACCUGUUCACAUUAUAAAUCAAGUUUUAUUAAUUAUUUGUAUUUCUGUUAUUCUUGAGCGCCUUUUGUUUAACGGCUAAGUAGAAAUUGACAUCAGAAUUAUCUCUUUCAUGUAAUGAACCAUGUACGUCGUCUGAGCUCAACUGAUUCCUUGUUAAUGUCUUUUCUAUUAUUUUUUUGCCGUCGAGCGUCGCAUUGCUCGCGAAUUCCAUACUCAGCCUCUUAAUUUGUAGCAAGUUGACUGCUUCUAUCCUCUGGUUAAUUCGUUUACUGCUUAAAGUUCUGGCCGAAUAUUAUUUUCAAUGUCAAUGGAGCUAAUUUCCUUAUCUGAGCCUGUGGCAGCCUUGUUGGAUCUAUGAGAAAAAACGGUCAUCACACAUGCGUGCAAUGCUAGUGAAUGCGACGCGACCUUACAUUGUAUACUCAUAACUUGAACUGGUCGAGAGAUAUCAUCUUUACGGGUUGAUAUCUCUCUUCCCUUCACAUGUGUUCAUGGGCAGUAACUAAAAAUCACUUCAAGGUUUGAGAUUUAAUUAGUUCAUGUAUAAUUUAUUUGCAAGUCUUACAUCCCUUGAAGCCUUUGAGCUCAGCAUGUUAAAGAUCUAAAAAUAGAUUACAUUAGAUGAAUAAUGCAACAAAUAAUUUAUGCUUUGAAUUGCAGUGUCUUAAAGGUAAAGUAAAGAAGCCUGGGGGUGGGAAACGUUCUCUAUAAGUGAUUAAAGACGAUAUUUUACAUCAGUCAGCUAUCUACUUCAGCAGAUUAUCCGAGGAACUUUACGGAAUGAAAUAGCAAACGUGUCCAUCUUUUGACAGUGCUGCGAGCAUUGUGGAUAAAUAAACGUCGAAAGCGAA